AUGUCCAGCACAACCCCGCCACAACCGACCCAAGACAGACCCACCAACGAGGCAGGAAACGAUUCCCCCACGAUAUCUCGCGCUCCCGCUUGGUCAGACACGGACUCAGACCCAGGCGCGCCGCCGUUUGUCCGCGACCAGGAGUUCUGGCUUGACGACGGGACCAUCAUCCUCAUCGCGCGCGGCAUCGGGUUUCGCGUCUACCGCGGGCUCCUGGCUGCUCAGUCCCCGAUCUUUCGAGACACGUUUUCUUGCGCGAGCCCGUCCAAGUCUGCGGGAGAGAGCUUUGACGGCUGCCCAGUCGUCCACCUUGCCGACUCGCCCGAGGACUUGAGGUAUCUUCUACGUGUCAUCCUUCCGGUAACAAAGCGAACCUUCUUCGUCGUUAAGGAUUGCAUCGAUACGGGAGGCUUGACGUUCGACCAGGUCUCAUCCGUCAUCCGUCUCGCGCACAAGUACGAGAUAUCCGAUGUGCAGCGGCAGGCGCUCGACGUCCUGAAGAUCUGGUUCCCCUCCGAUUUCGAUGCCUUCGACGCAUGGAGAACGUCACCUCCAGAGGGUUUGAAGAAAGUACACGCUAUCGCGGCCGUCAACAUCGCUCGUCUCACCAAUACCCCAGACAUUCUCCCGCUCGCCCUCUACAUUUGCGUCACAUUCCGGGGCUAUAUUCUCGACGGAUGGCGACAUCAAGAUGGCACGAUCGAGCAUCUCGACUCAGAGGACCUCCGGCGGUGCCUAAACGCCCGCGACUCGCUGUUCAAGGAGGGCAAUGACAUGCGCAUCAAUAUGCUGCAAAAGAACACGGACUCCGAGUCAGACGCUGGCGCCGCACCUCCCUUCGUCCGCGAUCAGGAGUUUUGGCUCGACGACGGGACCAUCAUCCUCGUCGCCCGCGACAUCGGAUUCCGCGUUUACCGCGGACUCCUCGCUGCUCAGUCCCCCAUAUUUCAGGACACAUUCUCCUGCGCGACCCCAUCCAAGUCUGCGGGAGAGAGCUUUGGCGGCUGCCCGGUCGUUCACCUUACGGACUCGCCCGAGGACUUGAGGCACCUUUUUAGUGUUCUCCUGCCAGUCACUAAACGAACGUUCGACUGUGGCGCUCUGCCUCGCAAAGACACAGUUACGACGUUCGACCGGCUCUCAUCGGUCAUCCGUCUGGCACACAAGUACAACAUUGUCGACGUGAAGGAGCAGGCACUCGAUGUGCUGAAGACCUGGUACCCCUCCGACUUCGACGCCUUCGGUGCGUGGAGCGAGACGCCUUACGAGGAGGGCCGGAGUGUCGCAGAUGCUAUUGGGGCCAUCAACAUUGCUCGCCUUACAGAUACCCCGGAGAUUCUCCCCUUCGCUUUCAUGUUGUGCUUUGAUAUGGGGGGCGAUAUCCUCGACGGACGGAGGCGCGAAGAUGGGACGGUUGAGCAUCUGGACUCGGCGGACCUCCGACGAUGCCUGAAGGCCCGCACUCCGUUAUCCAAGGAGGCUAAUGACAUGCGCGUCAAUUUGCUGGAGAAGGGCAUCAACAUCGAGUGCUCAGGCAGCCGCUGCAAAGAUGGCAUUCGCACUGUCUUCACGUCUACGUCCUUCAAAACCGGAGGAGGGCCGGAUGGAGUCUUGGACGAUUGGGGAUCAUCAGUUGUCGAGCACUUCCGAGUCUCCAGGAUCAGGUGUUCGGGGUGCAUGGCGGGGUUACUCGCCUUGGAAAAGGAAGAGCGGAGACGCAUCUGGAAUAUGUUGCCGACGAUAUUUGACGUACAGGGGAAUGAACUGGGUGGCGAGGAGUCUGACGACGAGGCUGUAGGUCCACAGACGGGGGUGUAA